UCAUUUCAUCAGACGCCGCCUCUUUAGAAGGCUACGUUUUGGCAUUCCAAUACUCUUACACAAUUCCCAGACUUUUUUUUUAACAAUAACUUUAUAACACACAAACACAUCUUAAGAAUGGUGAACAUCCACGGCUGUACCCGGAUGAUGGUGAACCGCUGCAUCGAGCUGCUCCGCGCAAGAAUCGAGUGCGCCUCGACGCGCCACAUCGCCAGGCGGUACCAGCUUCCCCGGGAUCAGGGUAAGGCUCUAGCCCAAUACCUACCCGAGGAGCAGGUGGUCAGGGAGCGGCAGAAGGCGGACAUCUACAAGAAGAACAAGCGGCGCUCCAUGUGGGAGCAGGACGAGGGCCACGGCGGUCGAGUCUCCGGAAGGGACAACCAGGAGCGCUUCGAUGACGAGCAGUACCGACCGCGGGAACUGGAGAAGCGCAACUACGACUGCACCUGGAUCAAUUUUCCGGAGAGUGUGGCGGCCAAGCAAAGCCGCAGAAAAAGCUACUUGGAUGUAAUCGAGGAUGAGACGCCUCGACGUCGCAGAAGUCAGGAAGACCGACCGAAUACCGCAAAACCGUGGGAUGAUGAGGCCCGCGCUUUUAUCAACCAAUGGGAAACCAAUACAGCCAUGAUCAAUCGAAACCGAUUUGCCCGGACCACUGAUUCAUGUCCGCCACCUAUUGUAUCUUCCCGGAUGUCCAACGCGUAUCGCACCCGAAAACGCCAGUUCUUAUACUAGUACUAGUCCAGUUUUACUUGACAGUAUCCGCAUAAGAAAUUCAAGUGAUUGUACUUUCUAGUAGCCUGAUCAAAUUGUUAGUGCACAAGGCAACCGAUUUUAAAGUGUCAAAAUCCGAAAACGUA